UGCCCCGAGUCACGUGCUCCGCCGCCAGCCCGAGUCUAGUAGCAGCUGUCCGGGGGAGGAGGCGUGUUAGAGCGGCGCUGCUUCUCUGGGCGUGGUUUCCAACCUGGGGGAAGGGUCUGUGGCGUGUGAGGGGAAGGUGGAAGAGAUGGCGACGGUGGCGCGGGAAGAUGGCGUCCACAGCCAAGAGAGAAAGCCGCGGGGCUGUGAGCACUAUGACAGAGGAUGCCUCCUGAAGGCUCCGUGUUGUGACAAGCUUUAUACUUGCCGGUUGUGUCAUGAUAACAAUGAGGAUCAUCAGCUAGAUCGCUUUAAAGUAAAGGAGGUGCAGUGUAUAAACUGUGAAAAAAUUCAACAUGCCCAACAGACUUGUGAAGACUGUAGCACAUUAUUUGGAGAAUAUUAUUGCAGUAUAUGUCAUCUGUUUGACAAAGAUAAGAAGCAAUAUCAUUGUGAAAACUGUGGAAUUUGUAGGAUUGGUCCAAAGGAAGAUUUUUUCCACUGUUUGAAAUGUAACUUAUGCCUAGCCAUGAAUCUUCAAGGAAAACAUAAGUGCAUUGAAAAUGUUUCCCGGCAGAAUUGUCCAAUAUGUUUGGAGGACAUUCACACAUCCCGUGUUGUUGCUCAUGUCUUGCCAUGUGGACAUCUUCUACAUAAAACGUGUUAUGAAGAAAUGUUGAAAGAAGGCUACAGAUGUCCAUUGUGUAUGCACUCUGCUUUAGAUAUGACUAGGUACUGGAGACAGCUGGAUGUUGAGGUGGCACAGACUCCUAUGCCAUCAGAAUAUCAGAACAUGACUGUGGAG